GUCAAAAAUCUGUCAGCAACUGUCAAGUUAAAAAAAUUACAAUGUUUUUAUUCAAUAUCUAAACAAUAAAGGCCUCUGCAAAACCAAUCGAUCGCUAAAAAUGAGCUCCGGAUUCAUCACUGAAGCUGAAAUAGCCGAAGCCAGGAAGAAACGGCAAGAAGAAUGGGAACGAGUCCGAAAACCUGACGACCCCUUGGUCAGGCCCGAGGAACCGUAUGAUCAUCGCAGCUUGUACGAAAGAUUACAAGAACAGAAACAGAAAAAGGACUUGGAAUAUGAAGAAGCACACAAAUUAAAAAAUAUGAUAAAAGGUCUUGAUGAUGACGAAAUUGAGUUUCUUGACCUAGUGGAUCGGACAAAAAUUGCAGCUGAUCGCAAGAAGGAACUAGAGGAGGAAUUGGAAUUGAAUGAUUAUAGAAAUAGAGUGGCCACGCUGCAAGAAAAGACAUUGGAAGAACGACUACAAGCAGAAAUAUCCGUCACUAAACCGAAAUCAGUUUCUAAUCGACCAUCCCAACAAAAGUUGCUCAAAGGUGUCGUUAUUAAAAAGAGUGAAGGUCUGAAGAGGAAAAGCAGCGAUUCUGAAGCUAAUGGAAAUGAAAAAGACACAAAACGCCAAAAGUUGGAGAGUGAAGAAAAUACCCAAAAGACAGAUAGUGAAAAUGUGAAAACUGGGGAUCAUAGUUCUGGGAAAGCUGUGGUUCCUAAUACGGGUUUGCAAUGUGUGGGAAUUCUACCUGGAUUGGGAUGCUACAACGAAUCAACUUCUGAUGAGAAUAGUUCAGAUUCAGAAGUGGAACAUAGCAGUUCAAGGAUGGAUAUGUUAGGAAGGAAAAUAGUUAAUAAGUCAAAGGAGUCAUGAGCUGUUCAUUGCAUGGGGAUUGUUUGUGAGUUUUAGAUACCAGUUAGUGAUAAUUUGUCACAAUUUCAGAGAUGUAACAUCUCUUUUUUAAAUGGGUGUUUACAUGUACAUAGUAUGUAAUAAAUUUAUUAAUACCAAUUUGUGUUUGUAGUUAUCAGGGGCUCAAUUUCUAAGUAUUUUUUUUACUGGUUUGUUGCAUUUGAAAAUGUGUUACUGAUUUAACAGACAUGAGGAGUCAUGUUUGUUGUUUGUGUAAAAGUGUUUUAAAAACUGGGCAAGCUUAUGUAAUGAACAGUUUUCUUGUUUAUUAUAUUCACUUCUAAUAUUU